GGCGCCGGCAGAGCCACCGUCGACGCCCCGAGUACGCCGGAUAUCGAUCCCUCCGCCGCCGCGAGGGUUUCAGGCUCCACCAGCUCGUCGAGGCCUUCGUGGACGGCGCCUGGAGGCGGCGCGGUAUGCGAAAGUACACGUGGCGGGCGGGGGAGGAGGUACAGCGUGUGCCUCCCCAUCCGAGGCAGCAGGGCGAGGUCGGAGCGGGGGAUAUUAGGCGCUCGCCGUGAGCCGGCGGCGGCCGUUGACAAGCAGCACAAGCCCCUAAAAUUGCAGAAGCUGGGAGGACAAAAGCCCGCGUGCCGGAGAGACACCGCUAACAAGCGCAAGUUUACUGGUCCGGCCACCCCUUCGUGCAGCUGCCGCCCUUGUAGGGGAGCAGCCUCCCUUCAUCAGUUUCCGGUCCCCGCCCCGAAUUCAGAGGACGAGAAUGCCUGCGGGAGAGAGAAGAAAAGAAAGACGACAGAUGAUAACACGGAGCUGUUGGGUUUAAGAGAUGGAGAAGAACCUAAAUUUCACAUCAAGUCUUUGGUUGAGAAGUGUUGCUCCAGCAGCCAAUUUGAAAAGAUGUCGUCCGGUGUCUCGUUGGAUGAUCCUCUUGUACCUGGAAAUCCAGGGCAGGACAAACCUGUUAGCAACAAUGGGGAAGAUCUUUCAAAGGAGAGACCUGCAAUCUGCGAGCUCCUCCGGAAACAUAAGGGACCAAGACAGCAUACAUCUAGAGAGAAUAGGAGGAAGGGUAGCAGACCUCAGAAGUUGAAGAUUAUAGAGCCUUCAUUAGAAGGAGAUUCAAUGGGAAAUCGAUCAGAUAAUACAGUGGUCCAAAUUAGAGGGCUCCCUACGAAUAAAUGCAGCGCUUCCACAUUUUCUGACAAUGGAUUCGAAGCACAAGAACCAUUUAAUGAAAUGGAAGGUUCUUCAGACCCUAGUUUGGUUGGAACCUCGGCCUCCGGUGUCCAACUUAGUGAGGCUGGACAUGAAGGAAAAAUUGUCAGUGAGCCACAAAUUGGAGGGCUUCCUAUAAACAAAUGCGGCGCAUCCACGUUUUCUGACAAUGGAUUGGAAGCACGAGGACCGUUUAAUGUAACAGAAGGUCCUUCAGACCCUUGUUUCGUUGAAACCUCAGCAUCUGGUGUCCAAAUUAGUGAGGCUGGAAAUGAAGGAAAAAUUGUCGGUGAGCCACAAAUUGGUGGGCUCCCUAUAAAUAAAUGCGACGCAUCCACAUUUUCUGACAAUGGAUUGGAAGCACAAGGACCGUUUAAUGUAAUAGAAGGUUUUUCAGACCCUAGUUUGGUUGAAACCUCAGCCUCUGGCGUCCAACUUAGAGAGGCUGAAAAUGAAGGAAAAUUUGUCGCUGAGCCACAAAUUGGAGGGCUUCCUCCUAUAAAUAAAUUUUCUGACAAUGGAUUGGAAGCACAAGAAACGUUUAAUGUGAUAGAAGGUUCUUCAGAACCUAGUAUGGUCGAAAGCUCAACCUCUGGUGUCCAGCUUAGUGAGGGUGGAAAUGAAGAGCAAAUUGAUGUUUUGCCAUCAACAGUUGGAGAACAACUAGAAAAAAGGGCUAUUAUUGAGAAAGCAAGGGCUGAAUUCAAGACUAGACCUGUUAAACCACCUGAAGAGCGGCCGUCGUUGCCAUUCGAGAAAUGCUCUUUCAUGUGGGACUCUAUUGAAUCGAUGGAAGUAUUUUCUCUAAUGCCACAACACCCACAUUUCCGCCCCUUGGAAGAAUACCAGAAAGAUUUCCGUGAAGGAAUGGCUAUUGGUCUGAUGGUGACUUUCUCUAACCUGGUAAACAGUAUUCGCAAGUUGGCGAUAACUGAUCACCGUGACAAGUUUAAUGAUAUGUUGAAGAUACUUGAAAAUUUGGAAGCACAUGGGUUUGAUGUGCGACACUUACAGGAUCGAUUAGUAGAGUUGCUAAGAAUGAAGGAGAACCAGGAGCGAGCUAUGAAUGAGAGAUCUAAUCUGGAAGUUAUGCUCGUGAAGAGAAAAGGAGAAAAAAAUCAAUUUGAUUCUGAGCUUGCAUUCAUUGAGAAGGCUAUCAAAGAGCUAGACCAAUCCCUUUCCUGUUUGCAAGAGGAAAAAGUUCAUAUUUCAGAAGAAAAGAGAGGGAACGAUUCCACAUUAGACGAACUAGAAGAGGAUUUGAGAAGAGUUGAAUCUGCCCUUCGAUCUGCUACACAUGACUUUGAGGCUGUGCUUUCUGCGAAGUGGUGAAUUUCUUGUCACCAGUUUCAUGUUAAAGCAAGUGUUCUAUUAUGGAGUAUGUGCAAAUUUUUUUCCUCUUUGCAUUUGACCUCACUGUAAGUGUAUAUUAUUACAUCACGCGUAUCAGUUGCUGUCUGUCACAUAGACUAGUAUCUGUUAUACAACGUCUAAUAUCUGCCAAAUAUGACUGAUUUAAGUAAAAAGAGAAUGAAGCUUGACAGUUUUUCA